GGCCGGAUCCCGGUCCUGAUUAAGCGCAGUAAGUGAGGGGACACUGUCUAUCCAUAACUCCGCCCCAUGUAGCAUCGAUAUAAAUAAGAAUGCCAACGGACAACGAUAAUUUUCGCCAGGCAUUCUCAACGGAACUUGCAUGUAUUUUUGCUUCAAAUCGUAGGAGUUCUGAUAGCGUUUUGGAACCAAUGUCCCCAAAGCUGGUCUUCAUUUUGAUAUUGGCCGGCGUGUUUAUGGCUGCCUAUGGCCAAGACGACCCGGCCGAUGAUGGCUCAGGCGACCAGGAUGGCUCAGGCGACCAGGAUGACGAUGAUGGCUCAGGCGACCAGGAUGGCUCAGGCAACCAGGAUGACAAUGAUGGCUCAGGCGACCAGGAUGGCUCAGGCAACCAGGAUGACGAUGAUGGCUCAGGCGACCAGGAUGGCUCAGGCAACCAGGAUGACAAUGAUGGCUCAGGCGACCAGGAUGGCUCAGGCAACCAGGAUGACGAUGAUGGCUCAGGCGGCGAGGCUGGCUCAGGCGACCAGGAUGGCUCAGGCGACCAGGAAGACUCAGCUCCCCUGACCGUCCCGCCGGUUUCCACCACAAGUCGCGCCAGCCACCAGCAGAAUCACUCCCUUACAAAAGCUCUGCUUAUCACGGUGGCUCUGCUGGCUGUGGUUGCACUGUGAAAGUCUCAAGUGCACCUAACAUCUCAAUGGUUUUUAUUUUUAGUUGCUCCAUUUUGGCUCACUCUCUCCUUUUAGAAGGCAGCUUUUAUUUUCAAGAUGUUUUUAUUUGAUUAUGAUGGAAGUGAUCCAAUUGAAAUAAUCCACAUUCAGCCUUGUAUAAAAUGAUAUACGUACAUUUUCGAUAAUUUAUCAUUACAAACUUGCACAAGAGAGACUGCGUGACUUGUCUUGCUUUUAAAUUCACAAUUCUCAUCAAUAAUACUCGUGGGCAUAAGAAUGAUGAAACUUCCAGACGAAAGCACAUUUCAUGGUCAUUCACUUUAGUAGAAAUUUAACAACUGCAUUCAUGUUUUAAUGUCGACUGAAAUGCUUCUGUUGGUUCUUCUCGCUUUGUCUGUAUUUAGAGCUUGACGCUGAUUUUGCCUCUGAGCCUUAAAGGAUUCUGACGUAAUAUUCGGUACUUGUAAUGUGUUUAAAUAGUUACACGCCAUGGUCGCGGUCUUGCUUUGCCCAGCCGUACCUGGGCUACGAACCCGCGCCGCCAUCAGGUCACUGCUUAGAAGUCGCGCAAGCUAGCAGCUGCAUUAGCGCCGGCUAACUUUGACCUUUUGUGGAUUCUGAGAUGUGUGAUUUGACUCAUAAAAUACAGAGUGCUGUCACAAUUGUGCAGUGAGAUAUAAAAUAUAAAGUCCAACAUAAAACACUGACUCAAGUACUUAAAUCAUGGCAAAUAUGACGACUACAAAUAUGCUAGUGGGUGCUGACAAGGUGAAAGAGUUUGAUGCUACAUCGCAACAAGACACAAAUUGUUCUCAGUUUUGGCCCACACGUUCAGUACUGAUCUUCAAACAUGUUUUAUAUAUUCCGAAGCGGAUAACUAAAAGGCAAUUGAGAGGGUUUUUAAGCGACAGUCCUUGCAUCUUGUCACUCUGUUUUGGCAUUUCCCUUCAAUCCAAAUGCAAUCAUUGUGGGAGCUCCCUCCCCGUUAAUUGCUUCAGGAAGUCACCUCUGCACUUUGCCUCUUAGUCACCUGCGGGCUUCCCAGGUUCGUGUGAA